AUGGAUUACGUCAAACUUCUCUUUGUCUCUCCGGAGAUCAACCCCAGUAAUCGCAAGGCUCAGUCAAUCCCGAUCCUCAACCCGUUUGACAAGUAUGGCCGGGUCUUUUUCUUCUCGUGGCUGGGGUUCAUGGUUGCCUUUCUGUCGUGGUAUGCCUUCCCGCCAUUGUUGACCGACACGAUUCGUCAAGACCUGCAUAUGACAGAGACACAGGUCGCAAACUCGAACAUCGUUGCCCUGCUCGCGACUCUGCUCGUGAGAUUCGUGGCAGGACCGCUCUGUGACCGGUUCGGGCCUCGCCUGGUGUUCAUCGGACUGCUGCUUUGCGGUUCGAUCCCCACGGCCAUGGCUGGGUUGGUCACCACGCCCUCGGGCCUGAUUGCCCUGCGAUUCUUCGUGGGCAUCCUCGGAGGCACCUUCGUCCCGUGUCAGGUCUGGUGCACGGGAUUCUUCGAUAAGAAGAUCGUCGGCGCUGCGAAUGCUCUUGCGGGUGGCUGGGGAAAUUCUGGCGGUGGAAUCACCUUCUUCGUGAUGCCCGCUGUCUUUGAUUCACUGGUGCAUGUCCAGGGCCUAACGCCGCAUAAAGCAUGGCGGGUGGCUUAUAUCGUUCCGUUCAUCAUCAUUGUCGCGGUGGCCUUGACCAUGCUCUUCGUAUGCGAGGACACCCCAACGGGCAAGUGGUCGGAGCGUCACCUCUGGGUGAAGGAGGCCACUGAAUCCGAGGGAAACAUCGUUGACCUCAACUCGGGUAUGGUGUCCAGCCCCUCGAAAUCUCCCUCGAUGUCCGAUGUCAUGGGAGAUCUGGAGAAGAAGGGCGGCACCCAAACACCAAUCUCGCUGGAGCCCGAGUCCCAGCGGAUCGGCCAGUUUGACGCGCUCCGAACCGACACGGUGGUGGCCCCCACGCGCAAGGAGGCGCUGAACGUGCUGUUCAGCCUGUCCACGGCCGCUGUUGCCAUCCCAUAUGCCUGCUCCUUCGGGGCGGAACUCGCCAUCGAGUCCGUCCUAGCCAACUACUACUUGGACAACUUCCCCCGCAUGGGACAGACCCAGUCGGGACAAUGGGCAGCCAUGUUUGGGCUGCUGAACAUUGUCUCCCGGCCUGCCGGUGGGUUCCUUGCAGACUAUCUGUUCCACACCACGCAAAGUCUGUGGUCGAAGAAGAUCCUGCUCGUGUUCCUGGGGGUGAUCAUGGGCGCCUUCCAGCUAGCGAUCGGCUUCACCAACCCCAAAUCGGAGGCAACCAUGUUUGGCCUGAUGGCGGGACUUGCCUUUUCCCUCGAAGCCUGCAAUGGCGCCAUCUUUUCGUUGGUCCCUCACGUGUAUCCGUUUGCCAAUGGUGUCGUGUCUGGUGCGGUAGGCGGAAUGGGCAACCUCGGGGGGAUUAUCUUUGCCAUUAUCUUCCGUUACAACGGGUCUCACUACGCCCGGUCGAUUUGGAUUAUUGGGGUGAUCUCGCUCGCGGCCAAUGUGGCCGUGUCGUGGAUCCGGCCGGUGGCGAAGAAGCCGGUUGUGAGCCAAUGA